AUGAACUUGAAUAUGGAAGCUAACACAAUAGACUCUGUGAUAGCCCAAAUCGAAUCGUUAUCAAAAGGAGCGGACAAAAACUUGGCUAAACUCAACGCCGCUUUGAAGCAGUCGGAGGAGUUGUUCAAAUCCGAUUCCGGUCGCCUGCUUCCGCUUCUCCACCAACUUGACCCCGCCAAAUACUCCCUCGGUUACCUCUACCUCCUGGAUGCAUGUGUGACAAAGGAGCGAUGUGGUGAAUUAGCUCUUUUGGUUUCCAGAUUCAUUGAUGCAUGCACAGGCAAUCAGAUCCGUUUAGCUGCUGAGAAAUUUAUAUCAGUUUGUAGAAGGUUUGAGGAUUAUGUAAUAUCUAUUCAAGCCCCGAUACGAGGUGUGGCCCCUAUGAUGACAGCUGUGAGAAAACUUCAAUCAUCCCCAGAACAACUGACGACUUUGCAUCCAGAUUUCCUUAAACUGUGUCUGCUGGCCAAGUGUUACAAAACUGGGCUCUCUCUUCUUGAAGACGACUUAUUCGAAAUUGAUCAGCCAAGAGACUUUUUCCUUUACUGUUAUUAUGGUGGGAUGAUUUGCAUUGGACAAAAGCAGUUUCGUAAAGCUUCGGAGCUACUCCACAAUGUUGUUACUGCACCCAUGACAAGCUUAAAUGCCAUAGCCCUUGAAGCAUACAAAAAGUACAUUCUGGUCUCGCUGAUUCACUCUGGACAGUUCUCUACCGGCCUUCCCAAGUAUGCUUCUUCAGUGGCUCAAAGGAGUAUGAAGAACUUAACUCAGGCAUAUCAAGAACUUGCUACUAGUUAUGCAACAGGAAAAAUUUCGGAGUUGGAGUCCAUCGUUCAAGCAAACAAAGAGAAGUUUGAAAGUGACAAUAAUCUUGGACUGGUAAAGCAAGUUGUCUCUUCUAUGUAUAAGCGCAACAUUCAGAGAUUGACUCAAACAUACUUGACUCUGUCUCUCCAAGACAUUGCUAGCAGUGUCAACUUGAAGAGCUCUAAGGAGGCUGAAAUGAAUGUGCUUCAAAUGAUACAAGAUGGUGAGAUAUAUGCAACGAUCAAUCAAAAGGAUGGAAUGGUUAGAUUCUUGGAGGAUCCAGAGCAGUACAAAACCUGUCAGAUGAUUGAACACAUUGAUUCGUCAAUUCGAAGAAUAAUGGGCUUGUCAAAGAAGCUGACUGCAAUGGAUGAGCAAAUGUCCUGUGAUCCUAUGUACCUUGGGAGGGUUGGUAGAGAAAGACACAGAUUCGACUUUGAUGAUUUCGAAGUGAUCAAAAAGGCUAAAGCACAGCAACUCUCUGGGCAAAAUUCCAUGUUCAUGGAAGCAACAGAAGGAGCCAUGCAAUCGAUCCAAGCGGACCUCCGGUCCAACGAUGCCCUCCGCCAAUCCAGCGCCCUUCUCCAAGCUCUCCAGCAAUCCGCCGCCGGCAGGGACAUUUCCGUCCUCGCCAAAUCAGCCGUCGAGGAGAUCGUCGCUUCCCCAGCCUCCGCCAUCUCCAAAAAGCUUGCAUUCGACCUAAUUCGCUCCACCCGCCUCACUGCUGACCUGUGGGAGACUGUCUGCACCGGAAUCCGCACCGAUCUCGACUUCCCCGACCCUGACGUCACCGCCGCCGCCGUGUCCAUCCUUGCCGCCAUCCCCUCCUACCGCCUCGGCAAGCUCAUCACCGAUUGCAACAAGGAGAUUUCCAGCUGCUUCGACUCCACCAGUGACAACCUCCGCUUUGCCAUCACCGAAACCCUUGGCUGCAUCCUCGCUCGUGAUGAUCUCGUCACUCUCUGCGAAAACAACAUCAACUUGUUGGAUCGGGUCUCCGACUGGUGGGUACGGAUCGGGAGGAACAUGCUCGACAAAUCGGACGCCGUCUCCAAAGUAGCAUUUGAAUCCGUGGGGAGACUCUUUCAGGAAUUCGAAUCCAAGCGGAUGAGUAGGCUAGCUGGGGAUAAACUCGUGGACAGCGAAAACUCAGUGGCCAUUCGGUCCAAUUGGGUUUCAUCCAUGGUGGAAUUUGUCUGGAAGAAGCGUAAUGCCUUAAUGGCAAGGUCAUUAAUUUUGCCCGUGGAGAGCUUCAGGGCCACAGUUUACCCGCUCGUGUAUGCAGUUAAAGCGGUGGCUUCUGGCUCGUUACAAGUGAUCAAGAAGCUUUCCAAAAGUGGAAAUAAUGCACCUGGGGAUUUGGAUUCUGGAAAUAAUGCAGAGAGGUUUGUGGGAGUUUCGGAUGUGGUGUCGCAUUUGGCGCCAUUCUUGGCUUCGUCCUUGGAGCCGGCAUUGAUUUAUGAGGUGGGAAUUAACAUGUUGUACUUGGCUGAUGUUCCGGGAGGCAAGCCUGAGUGGGCUUCCACUUCUACCAUUGCGAUUCUAACCCUGUGGGAUAGGCAAGAGUUUUCUUCUGCUAGGGAAAGCAUUGUCAGAGCUGUGGUUACUAAUCUGCAUCUGCUUGACCUGAGUAUGCAGGUCUCUUUAUUUAAGAGGCUACUUCUCAUGGUCAGAAACUUGAGAGCAGAAUCUGAUCGUAUGCAUGCUUUGGCAUGCAUCUGCAGGACUGCUCUUUGUGUUGAUCUUUUCGCAAAGGAAAGUGUUCGACGAGGUCAAAAACCUCUUCCAGGAACCGAUAUUGCGUCACUUUUUGAAGAUGCAAGAAUAAGGGAUGACCUUAAUAGUGUCGUAAGUAAAAGUUUAUUUAGAGAAGAACUGGUUGCCAUGUUGGUCGAGAGUUGCUUUCAGUUGUCUUUACCAUUGCCUGAACAGAAGAAUUCAGGCAUGGAAAGCAGAGUUAUUGGGGCUUUAGCUUAUGGAACUGGUUAUGGUGCAUUAAAUUGGACUGAACCAGCUUUGGAAGUUGUUGAAGUGUGUAGGCCUUGUAUAAGAUGGGAUUGUGAAGGACGAACAUAUGCAAUUGAUUGUUACUUGAAGUUGUUGGUUAGACUUUGCCAUAUCUAUGAUACUAGAGGAGGAGUUAAAAGAGUCAAAGAUGGAGCAUCUCAGGACCAAAUUCUCAAUGAGACACGGUUACAAAACUUGCAACGGGAACUUGUCAGAGAUCUUCGUGAGGUAAAUACCCCGAGAGUGUUGGCCCGUGUUAUUUGGGCGAUUUCAGAGCACAUAGAUCUUGAAGGUUUGGAUCCACUUUUGGCUGAUGAUCCAGAGGAUCAACUAAACAUUAUUAUAUCCAAUAUUCAUAAAGUACUGUUCAACAUGGAUUCAUCUGCAAACACAACAAAUCGGCUUCAAGAUGUUCAAGCAGUUCUUUUAUGUGCUCAAAGAUUAGGAUCACGGAAUGCCAGGGCUGGACAAUUGAUAAUUAAAGAGCUUGAAGAGUUCAGGACCAAUACUUUAGCCGAUUCUGUUAAUAAACAUCAAUCCCGCUUGAUAUUGCAGAGGAUUAGAUAUGUUUUAAGUCACCCAGAUGACAAGUGGGCAGGUGUUAGCGAAGCCAGUGGAGAUUAUCCAUUUAGUCAUCACAAAUUGACAGUUCAAUUUUAUGAAGCAUCAGCUGCUCAGGACCGGAAAUUGGAAGGACUUGUUCACAAGGCUAUUUUGGAGCUUUGGAGGCCCGAUCCUAAUGAAUUGACUCUAUUGUUGUCUAAAGGAGUUGGUUCUACUUUACUCAAAGUGCCUCCGAGGGCAUAUACUCUGACUGGCAGCAGUGAUCCUUGUUAUGUGGAAGCGUAUCAUUUGUCAGAUCCAAAUGACGGAAGGAUAACUCUGCAUUUAAAGGUUUUAAAUUUGACAGAAAUUGAACUGAAUCGAGUGGACAUUAGAGUUGGCCUAUCAGGUGGACUGUAUUUUAUGGAUGGAUCUCCUCAAGCAGUCCGACAGUUACGUGAUCUUAAUUCACAGGAGCCGGUGCUAAGCAGUGUAACUGUAGGUGUUUCCCAUUUUGAGCAAUGUGCCCUCUGGGUUCAAGUCUUAUACUACCCAUUCUUCGGCAGUGGUGCGCUGGCUGAUUAUGAAGGGGAUUACAGUGAAGACGAUCCGCAAAUCGUUAGGCAAAAGAGAAGUCUACGGCCUGAAUUAGGAGAUCCUGUUAUUUUGAGAUGUCAACCCUACAGGAUUCCCCUGACAGAGCUGCUAUUGCCACAUAAAAUUUCUCCAGUUGAAUAUUUCCGGUUAUGGCCUAGUUUGCCUGCUAUUGUGGAGUAUACUGGUACAUACACAUACGAAGGUAGUGGAUUUAAGGCAACAGCUGCACAGCAGUACGGGGAGUCUCCUUUCCUCAGUGGUCUGAAAUCUCUAUCUUCAAAGCCUUUCCAUAGAGUGUGCUCGCACAUCAUUCGGACUGUUGCAGGAUUUCAGCUCUGCUUUGCUGCAAAAACCUGGUAUGGAGGCUUUGUCGGUAUGAUGAUCUUUGGUGCUAGUGAGGUAAGCAGAAACGUGGACCUGGGUGAUGAGACAACCACAAUGAUAUGCAAAUUUGUUGUCCGAGCUUCAGAUUCAUCAAUUACAAAAGAGAUUGGCUCAGAUCUUCAAGGAUGGAUGGAUGACCUUACAGAUGGGGGAGUCGAGUACAUGCCUGAAGAUGAGGUGAAGGUAGCAGCUGCAGAGAGACUGAGAAUCUCAAUGGAGCGGAUUGCUUUAUUAAAGGCAGCACGGCCUCGUCCAAAAUCUCCCAAGUCUGAUGAUGAGGAAGAGCAAGAAAGUGAGGUGGAGAAAGAAAAUGAGAAAGAAGAUGAGGAGAAAACUGGGGAGGAAGGAGGCAAGAAGACAAAGGGUCCAACAACAUUGUUUAAAUUAACACCAGAGGAAGUGGAGCAUCGGGCAUUACAAGUGGCUGUAAUACAGGAAUGGCAUAUGCUAAGCAAGGAGAAGUCUGCGAAAGUUAAUUGA